AUGAAGAAAAGGAGUCUAGCAGGUAAUUGUGGGAUCAUUGUAUUUGUGAUUGCCCUUGUGACUGUGGCAUUGGCUUUUGGCACGCCUAACUGGCUCGUCAGUGAUAAUAGGAUACGGGGAGCUAAAUUAGACAGAUUGGGUUUAUGGAGUCACUGCUUUAGAUCUCUACCGGAUCCUUUGGAUGCUUACCAAAGACGAUUUUUCGUAGGAUGUCGAUGGGUGUACGACCCCUUCACUACAGGAUAUGAUAAAAUCCGCGGAUACUUACUACCAGGAUUUAUGAUAGCGACACAAUUUUUUUUUACACUAUGUUUGAUAGGAGUUUUGGCCUCGACAAUAUUAGUUAUAAUAUUCUUCUUAUGUUGUGGGCCGAAUCAGAACAGAUAUGUUAUGAUUAUCAAAGUUAUAGGAUUCAUCAUGUUGGGUGCAGGAAUAAGUGGAGCUAUAGCAAUAAUAGUGUUCGCGUCAUUGGGAAACACUGAUGGAUGGAUGCCAGAUCACCCUAACAAUUAUUUAGGAUGGUCAUUUGGCCUGGGCGUCGUUGGGGUAAUAGCGUGUAUUGUAACAGCUGCCUUAUUCCUCACUGAAGCGAACAUCCAACAGAAGAAACGCAAGCUAAUGAUGGAAUCUCAGGCUCGCUUUGAAAUGGAAUACGAGUCAAAAGCG